UAAUGAUUUUAGAUUAAGAGAAUCUUAUUAUCUUGGCAUUUAUUGUAGUUUCACUAUUUUUUGUCAAAGGACCUAGCAUUUCAUAUUAUUGGUUUAUCAUUAAUGGAAUAUGGAUUCAUAUUUAUCUUGAUGGAUUGGUCGGUUUAUGUCAAAUGAAUAAAUGGUAUUUAGUAUUAGUAUUGUAAGGCUCUUCAAUUAGUACAGUUAAUUAGAUGCCAGAUAUCCAGAAAAGGAAUUAACAGUAAUUGUUGUUACAGGUAUAGAAUUAGUAUUUAUGGGUCCAAUGUGUAUAUGGAUUGCAAUUAGAUAAAGAUCUAAAGCAAAUCCUGUAUUUACAGCAAUAUUAAUUACUUUUGUUUCAGCUGUAUAAAUUAUGGGAACUGUAAUGUUUAUUGUGAAUGCAUGGCUAAGAGAUUUUGUAGAUGUAUGUCAUGGUAGUUGUUUCUCAUUUACAUAAUCUAAUAUAUUUUAUUUUUGGUUUGUGUUUGUAAUAGUAAAUCAAAUUUGGAUUGUUGUUCCACUUUAAUAAAUUAUCUUAUAAUACAGAGAAUUAUAAAAUAUUCAAGGAGAUAAAAAAAACAAAAAAGUUAAAUGA